AUGUCUCAACAGGCGAACCCGGGGCGCUCAAAGUCUUCUCGGCAUUUUGUUGCAGGAUUGGGCUCUGGUAUCGCCUCGGCCGUGCUGCUCCAACCGUUGGACCUACUCAAAACCAGGGUGCAGCAGUCUGGCCAUCGAUCCCUUAAGUCUUACCUUACGGAAGUGGCUGCUUCCCCCAACCAAAUCCAAACCCUCUGGCGUGGCACGGUACCUUCAGCUCUCAGAACUGGUUUUGGAUCGGCCCUCUACUUUACUUCUCUUAACUCCAUCCGCCAACAUGUUGCCCAAUCUCGUCUCUUCGGCCAGGAGACUAGUCAAGGCGCUCAUUCGUCGUCGCUGCCGACUCUCACUCCGUCAGCUAACCUCGUUGCCGGCGCCGUGGCUAGGACCUUUGCCGGCUUCAUUUUGAUGCCCUUGACCGUCAUCAAGGUUCGAUAUGAGUCCAGCCUAUACUCCUACCAAUCUCUACUCGGCGCCUCCACCGAUAUUUACAAAACAACCGGCCUCCGGGGCUUUUUUUCCGGCUUCGGCGCCACCGCCGUCCGCGAUGCCCCUUAUGCAGGCAUGUAUGUCUUAUUCUAUGAGCUGCUCAAGAAGCAGCUCAGCGCUGUAUCCUUCAAGAGUAAUUCCAGACAAUCAGGCACCAUCACUACUUCACAUGCAACUUUGGUGAAUUUUAGCUCCGCCAUCAUGGCCGGUGCCGCUUGUUCCGUCAUCUCUAAUCCUUUCGAUGCCGUAAAAACGAGAAUCCAGCUGCAGCCAUCCAUUUACCGAAACAUGUAUCAAACUUGCCGCAAGAUGGUCAUGGAGGAGGGCGUUCGUUCACUUAUGGAUGGAGUGAUGCUUCGUAUGAGUAGGAAGGCGAUGAGUUCAGCAUUGGCUUGGACUGUGUAUGAAGAGUUAAUCAGAAGAGCUGAGAGUACAUGGUCUAUCGGCUUAACGACGAGAGCAGAGCCAUAG